AUGAUGGGCUGUACCAGCAGGCAUCUGGCACAGGGAGCACCAGCGAAAACUUCAAAGUACAUCAGUAGCUUCGCGCGCCAUCUGUCCACAGCCGAAGUUGAAAGUGACGUCAGUUCUUCCCUACAGGUUGUCGUCCGCAUCCGGCCCCCUUUGUCACGGGAGCUGCGAGGAACGGGGCUGCGUCCAUACCAGUGCACAACUGCCGUGGAGCCGGGUGAACGAAAUGUUAUCCUUUCCGAGAACUUGCCGGCUGUCGUUAACCAGCAGGGCAACAUGGUCACUGACGGCGGGGCGCUGUACAACACCUAUAGGUUCACAUUUGACUGCGUAUACGACCAGCACUGCCCUCAAGAGCUGGUGUACCGACAGAGCGGCCAGCAGGGCUACAAUGCAGCCAUCAUUGCGUACGGCCAGACGGGUACGGGAAAGACGUACACCAUGGAGGGCGCGAUGGAGGGUCCGGACCGAGGCAUCAUUCCCCGUACUGUGGAGGACAUCUUCACCUACAUAGUCAACGACCCGGAGCCCUCCAGCAAGUACCUGGUACGAUCGUCGUACCUCCAGAUCUACAACGAGGUGGUGUCUGACCUGCUGAAGCCCGAGCGCUCCUCCCUAUCCAUUCGUGAGGACCGGCGGCGGGGGGUGUUUGUGGAGGGACUGAGCGAGUGGGUGGUGAGGUCGCCCGCGGAGGUGUACCAGCUCAUGCAGCGGGGGCAGGCACUGCGCGCCACCGGUGCCACCAAGCUCAACGAGGUAUCCUCUCGUUCUCAUGCCGUGUGUGUCAUCAUUGUGGAGAAGUGCACCACGCCAGGUGCUGCGGAGGAGGGGGCGGCAGGUGCGCCCUGGUCUCGGAGCAGCUCCUCCACCAAUGGCGGGGAUGCUGCCGUACCCGCAAUACAGUCCAUCAAGGUGGGCAAGCUGAACCUGGUUGACCUGGCGGGAAGUGAGCGGGUGCAUGUCACUGGGGCGGUGGGGAGGAGGCUGGAGGAAAGCAAGAAGAUCAACGCGUCGCUGUCAGCACUGGGCAAUGUCAUAGCCGCUCUGACAGAUCGUCGUGAGCGCUCACACAUCCCGUACCGGGACUCCAAGCUCACAAGGCUGCUGGAGGACUCCUUGGGGGGUAACUGCCGUACAACCAUGAUUGCCACCAUCGCCCCCUCCCUGGAGGCGUUCCAGGAGUCGCUGUCCACACUCAAGUUCGCAAACAGGGCCAAGAACAUCCAGAACGAGGCCCAUGUGAAUGAGGAUGUGGAUCAGCGCACACUGCUGCGGAAGUACGAGAGAGAGCUCCGGAGGCUGAGGGACGAGCUGGCCAGGAGGUCCAGGAACGUGGUGGACAAGCGCGCACUGCUGGUGGCUGAGGAGCAAGCCAAGCGCGCUGAGGCGGACAAACUGGCGGCCCUGACCGCCCUACAGGAGCGCAGCAGGGAGUUCCUGCGGGAGAAGGAGGAGAAGCGAGCACUGGAGCUCAAGAUUCAGGCGAUGCAGAGUCAGCUUCUGAGCGGGGGCUCCUCCGGUGCGGCCCUCCAGGAGGUGCCCGCAGUGAGGGCCAUGCUGCAAAGAGAAGCCAACAAGGUCAAGGAGCACUACGAGGCCCGUAUUCGCGCCCUGGAGGCCGAGCGCCAGGACGCGGAGGGCAGUGCCUCCGCGGAGGUGGACCGCUACAAGCAGCUGCUGCUGAAACAGCGGGACAUCAUGAUCGCCCUCACCGCGAGACUCAAUGAACGAGAUGAGAGAAUCAACAGCCUGCAGGAGGAGCUGGACGCGUACGACAGGUACCAGCGGCAGCUCGAGGACCAGCUAGAUGCCAAAACUACGGAGCUCAUCUCCUUGAGAAAGGCCGCAGUGGAGCAUGCCGCGGCCUCCCCCGCGGGGCUCCGGGGUGUGGAUCCCUCCGCCCUCCAAAACGCACUGGGCGACUGGGCGGGACAGGGAGGGGCGCCAGGCAGCCAACACCAACAUCAGCACCACCACCAGCAGCAGCAGACGGGGCCCCCGCUGGAUGUUGCCUCCUCGGCCUCAGGAGCCCUAUCAGGGGAGCUGGCGGCCGGCGGCGGGGCCGGGCAGGCGCCGUACUCUACGCCGUUUCGGGGCGCGUUGCCGCCGGGGUCUCAAUCAGCCGCUAACGGCACGCUGGCGGGGCACCCGGGUCGAUCUGGGUCCAUGCCGGGUGGAGGUUUGAUCCACCACUCCUUGCCCCCGCUGGUGUACUCGGCGGAUGGCACGGCGGUGGAGCUGCAGGGUCCUGACUCCCAGGACGUCACCCCCCGGGGCUCCGUGUGGUCGUCCUCCAUGGGCGGGGGGGACCCAGCCCCGGUGGGGACGCCGGGUCCCUCCGCUGCCAACGGUGUCACCACCACUGCGAAUGAAGCGCCCAGCGCCUCCCCGGGUGAGAUCGCUGAGUUGCGGGCGGCUGCCCUGACCGCCGCCAAGGAGCGCAGUGCCCUGCAGCAGAUCCUGGACUCCAAGGUGCGCGUCAUGCUGGUGGAGAUUAUCAACGAGGUGCUGUUGGAGCGCUUAUCAGCACUAGAGGCACUCGUACACCGGGUUUCGGAGGCCAUCGGGAGCAGCAGCGGCAGUAGCGGCGGCGGCAGCGCCAGCGUCAACACCAGCGGUGGUGGUGGCGGGGGGGGGCCCCCUUCGAGAGGUGGCAGUGGUUGA